GUAUACUCCGCCAUAUUUGAAAAAGAUUUGUUUUGAAAAUUCUUGCACAUAAAAGUCUUUUGUCGAAUAGUUUUUAGAAACAGUAUCGAUAUAGUUUAUCUUUAAGGUAGGACAUGUAUUUUUGUUAAACGUAUUGUCAUUGAAUAAUAAAACAUGGUAGUCAGCUUAGGCUUGACUUCGCACACAUGACAUGAUGACAACAUACAAUAUUGUUGACUCCUGUUAUUUUAGUACAUAAAUCUUAUUUAAGUGUACAACAUGUCGGUUUAGCUUUAAAUUAGAGUUGUUUUGUAUCAGAAUAGAUUAAUUUGUUGGUAAAUUUUAGCCUACUGUAAAGGAAAAUAGCAAUAUUGGGUAUAAAAAGAUGUGAUUCCAGAUUGAUUCCAUGAAGCUAUUUUUAAUAUACUAGUACUAGAGUACUAGUUGUCUUAAGUAAGUUGGUUUCUAAAAAGCAUCUCCCAUGGCCCGUAAUAUGGUCUUUAAAAAUAGCGUUUGUUGUCUUCCCGUAAUACAGCUGAGGAAGUGACAAUUAAUUAUUACUUUACUCUGUCUAAUGCCAGAUGAUUUUACUAAUCAAGGGGAGAGUCUGCCACUCAUUGCGUUAGUAACUAACUUCCAGGUAAUCAAGAUCCAAGAAAAUGGAGAUUGUUUACGUUUAUACAAAGAAGAGAAAUGAGUUUGGUCGGCAAUGUAAUUUCUCGGAUCGACAAGCAGAACUGCAUGUUGAUAUUCCGCCAGACGAGAAGCUUGCCGGGGACUAUAUUGAGAGAAAUCCAUGUGACACUGGUAUUCAGUGCUCACAAGAAAUGUCCGAACACGAGGUAAAAGAUCUCUGGUUUAAUCUAUUUGAGUGUGGCAGUUAUGACCAAGUGUGUGCAUUUAACUUAACGUUCCUGUUUUGCAGUUGAACACUGAGAGAUUUGAGACAGAAAGCCGUGGUAUCAACCAUGUUGAAGGUGGUUGGCCAAAAGAUGUCAAUCCAGCUGAAGUGGAACAAACCAUUCGGUUUCGAAAGAAAGUCGAGAAAGAUGAAAACUACAUCAAUAUUAUCCAGCAGCUUGGAUCGGUAAGAGUUGCGACAUGUUUUAAUGAAAUGCUGAGCUGCAAUAGUUAAAGAUUGUUGGCUAAACCUGUCUGCUACUCCAACAAUUAUUGCGUGCUAAAAUAGAAUUGAUUGAUUCAUUGAAUGGAUAUUAAAUUUACAACAGUCAAUAUUUUGUUUAGGUAAUGGAACAUUGUAUCCAACAGAAUAAUGCAAUUGAUAUUUAUGAAACAUAUUUUCACGAUAUUGAAAGUGAUUCUUCUGGUGAACCGCCAUCAGCUAAAACUAUUAAUGUUUUCAGGUUCGUACUUCAUAGAGGUAUACUUCGGGUGUGGAAAAAGUAUCAGCUAGACCAUCAGGACCUACUGGUUCCCCAGAAAAUUUUCCCCCAUGAAAGUGGUCAUAGAAAGUAAAAUAUUUUUCCAUCCCUGGUAUUUUCUGUCUUCAGUGUAAAUUUUAUUGAGCUAGUACAUAAGACAAUCUAUGUUCCAUCAUAGGGAUCCAAAUGAGAGGAAAAGGACAGCAACAAGUCUGUCAUGGUAUCCUGAUGGUGCAAGAAAACUGGCAGUGUCCUACUCCAUUCUGGAAUUUCAAAAGUCUCAGUCAGACACACCCAUGGAUUCAUAUAUUUGGGAUAUAGGUUUGUGGCUUGUGUGAUCAUUAGUUUGGAGCUUUGGCGGUGCAAUUGCCUUUCAACUCUGAGUUUGUGGGUUUGAUUCGUGCUGCGGACUUAUGACACUUCUGUGAAGAUUCGGUACUCUGGUUUCCUCCCACAAGGAGUGUUGACAGUGUGGGUUGGGCUUAGCCCCAAAGUGACCAAGAAUCUACCCAGCGCUUCUACUGCAGCUGUGCUCUGUGAUCAGACAUCAGUCCUAAAGUGUCUUCCAUAGGUGCCCUAGCUUUUAAAGCCUUCAACUUGAUCAGCUGCAAGUAAGGAUGAUUAGCGCACUCACACCUACAUGCAUGAAUCAAGCUGCUUAAAUCCUCAUUGUUUUUUAGAAAAUCCAAACAAGCCUGAGUUAGCGUUAAAGCCUGUUUCACCCCUGGUGUGUCUCGAAUACAAUCCCAAAGACCCACAUAUCCUGAUAGCUGGCUGUUAUAAUGGACAGAUAGGUAAGGCAAUGUACUACUAUACAACAUAACUGUUUCCUUUUAGCGUUGACCGCCUUGCACUACACUGUCUUUCUUGUGCAGCCCACCCAUACUAGCUAUCAGCAUUUUUACAUAGUGUUUAUAUACAGCAUCAGAUUAUUAUACAGUGUUUUCAAGCUUGCAAAAGUUCACCAUUUAUUGGCAUAACCCAGAUUAAACUUUAGUAUUUAUAAGCUUUACAAGUAUUUUUGCAAAGGUUGAAAAAAUCACAGUCGUUCACAGGUGGAUUAGCACUGUAAACCCUGGGUUAAAAUUUAACCUAAAAUUUAACCUGCUGUUUUAGUUUAUGUAGCUCUACACAUCUGAACAUUGUUUCAAAACUUCAGAGAAGUAAACUCCUAUCGAUCCAGACAAGAUUUCUGAAGAAACAUUUCCAAACUUAUAGACAAGCUGUCAGGAAGUUUGCUUUGAACUUUAGGUUAACCUCUGGGUUAGGCUUUCGUACAACCGAAUCCUGAGCUGUUGGAUUGUUUCUCAUUUAGGAUUCUGGGAUACAAGAAAAGGCUCCCACCCAGUCGAGGUGACGCCCAUAGAAAAAAGUCACCGCGAUCCUGUCUACAAAGGGAUAUUUUUACAAUCAAAGACAGGUACUUUAUUCUUCAUGGACUUAGCAACAAGAUAUAACAAACAAAUAGCAACAACAGUUCACAAUCACCACAACAACAACAACAACAACAACAACAACAACAACAACAACAACAACAAGAUAAACAACAACGACAGCAACAAGCUCAACAUCAAUAACAACAACAACAAUUUCAACAUCAGCAACAUAAAACACGAAACAAUAUCAAUAAAGACAUAUUAAUAAAAAUAACGUACGUACACAUACCUUGAAAACGUCCUCUUCAAUAAUUCCUGAAAUAUUUUCAACUUCAUCUCUAUUUGAACAACUUUACCAGGAACGGAAUGCUUCACAACCAGUACAGAUGGUCAAGUGCUGUGGUGGGAUAUACGUAAGCUUGGUGAACCAACAGAGAGUUUAUUACUGGUGCCGAACCCUAAAGAAAACCCUCGUCCAAUGGGAGGAAUGUCUUUGGAAUAUGAACCGACUAUGCCGACGAAGUUUAUGGUGGGUACGGAACAAGGCUCGGUGUUGCUAUGCAACAGAAAAGCGAAGACACCAAGUGAUAAGAUUGUGUGCUCGUUCACGCAGCACUAUGGGCCUGUUUAUGCUGUACAGGUAAGUGACAGGCCUGGAAAAUAUAUAAAGGCCCGUCUUCCAAUUUUCGGUGCGAUUUUCUUCUUCUGAUGAAUGUGAACGAGUGGAUGAGUUAUGAAUGUUCAGAUGGGGUACACAUACUCAGAACUAUGUAGAUGAAACUGACCACUCGUUCAUGAGUAGAUGACUACUCGUUCACGUGAACUGAAUUGACCAUUUGCGUAAUAGACUAAAUUUUGAUCUCAACAAAAAUUUCAUCACAGCUUGAAAGAGCAUCACAAAAUUAGUAAUAUUCCAAAGUUUCGUUACAAAAUGUUGUAAAAUUUUAAAUGCGGAAAAUAUAGCCUUGCGAAAUUUGCAAUUUUCAGUCAUUUUAGAUUACAAACCGGAAAUUAGCCUCGAAGGGUGUGGGGCUGUCAAUUUCCCGUUUGUAAUCUAAAAUGACUGAAAAUUGCAAAUUUCACAAGGCUAUAUUUUCCGCAUUUUACAACAUUUUGCAACGAAACUUUGGAAUAUUACUAAUUUUGUGAUGCUCCUUCAAGCUGCGAUGAAAUUUUUGUCUAGACUUGUUUAGUUCAAAAUUUAGUCUAUUACGCAAAUGGUCAAUUGUGAAUUGAAUUUUAUUUGAUUUAUCAACACAUAAAGAUUACAACACAACAAAUUACAUAAUUUAAGGCCCCAGUUACACGAUACCAGAUUCGCAUCGGAGUGGCAUCAAAUUUUACAGUUUCAAGGGAACUGUUAGUAGCACUCAAAAUUAUGAUAAUAUAACAGAAUUAGUCAAAAACUUCAAAUAUGAAAAGUUGUAAGAGGCCGAAAAGCGUCUUAGUUGAUGUCACUCGACUCGCUCCGAUGCGAAUCCGGUAUCGUGUAACUGGGGCCUAAUUUUAUCGUAUUGCAUGGUGACAAGGAAGCCAAAAGCGAAACCACAAGGCUUGUAUAAAUUUAGGCUCCCUUUUAAAUGUACACCUAAUGUACAUUUAGGCUCCCUUUAAAAUAUACAAAAUGUCAAAAGGCUCCUUUUUAAAUGUACAGUACAAUAAAAUUACGAAGUGCAGACGUGUUUGAACUUGCACUAAUAUUUUACAAGAUAAUUAUUAAUAAUUUAAACACAAAUAUCGUACGGUUUUAACUUCUGUGUUGCGAUAGAAGUAAUCGGUCUUUACGUUAUCGCCACAUGUGACCAUGUACUGGCACUUCUCUUUAGGCAUGUGCACAAGGGCGUCGUUUCCGAGCGUUUUCAAAAACUUUUUGUCCCUUUAAUCGUUUUGACGCCUUGUUCACACGGUCCAAAGAAAAAUAUCUCCAAUGUAUCAAAUAAACUACAGCUUCUGUCGUAAAUAGUGCUUGCAUCCGUCUUAGCGUGAAAACACAAAUGAAAACGCUUGCAAACGUUAUCGUGUACACAUAGUCUCAAUCAACUCACCUCCGUUGCAACCCGAGUAAUGAUUUUAAGUUUUUAACUCAAUUCCCAAAUUGUGGGACCGUAGGCCAUGCAAGAUACUUACAUUUAUGCUUAAUGUGGCAAUUCUAUUUCGUAGAGAAAUCCGUUCUUCCCGAAGCAGUUUUUGAGCGUGGGAGAUUGGGGGGCCAGGGUAAGUUUUAGAUGAUUUUAAUCGUCAAGGAGAAAAUUGUGGAUAUCAGCUUUCUUCUUUUAUUGUUAUAUACUUGCUGAACAGGAGUCGGGAGCACUCAAUAUUCUUAUUACUUUUGAACAUAGAUUUGGUCCGAAGAUUUGCGAGAUUCCGCUAUCAUGUGGACAAGGUAGGAUGAAUGUACACUCCAAGUUGAUGAACUUUCUUUGGACCACAUCACAAACUUUCACUCUCAUCUUUUAUGUAUCCCAGAUGGCCUCCUAUAAGCCCCGGUCAAACGAGGGAGGUGGGGGGCGAUGGGGGGGGGGGUGUAGCAGUGCUACCGAACAAGCUGCAGCAGGGGUCUGGUGGCACAGUUGUUAAGUGGGGGUGAGCACCUCCAUGAAAAUCCGUCUAUGGUGCCAAUCAACACAUCUUGAUGAGAAAUUCUUUGUGUUAAUUUAGGGAAAACAUGUCUUACAUGACAGACGGUUGUUGGAGUCCUGUGCGACCUGCAGUAUUCUUUACUACUAAAAUGAAUGGUACAGUGGAUGUUUGGGACUAUUUGUUCAAGCAAAAUGAUCCAACUCUUAGCAUACAGGUACAGUAUAUGGCUACCUCGAUUUACAGGAGUAAGAAUCCCAUUGAAAAAUAGAAAGCUUUAUUUUGCAUUUGUACGUGUGUAGGUUUGCGACGAAGCAUUGAAUUCUCUCCGUGUACAAGACCAAGGUCGUCUUGUGGCAUGUGGUUCUCAUGCUGGUACUGUUACCUUGCUGGAACUGUCAGAUGGUCUUUGUAAUAUACAGAGGAACGAGAAGUCAUCUGUUAAUGCGGUAAAUGUGGUAGCUUAGGUUAAUAGCGAAGAUAACAGCGUUGAAUUGUACGCACUGGAUGGGCGUCGUCGCUCUUCUCAUCCUUAUCCGUAUUAUACUUUACAAAAUAUUUUCUCUAGAUGUUUGAACGGGAGACGAAACGAGAAAAGAUCUUGGAGACAAGACAUCGUGAGAUGAAAUUGAAAGAAAGAUCUAAAAGUCAACAAGAGAAGUACGAAAGCUCUUGAUUUGAGUUCAUUAUCAGGAGUCAUUGAUUGAUUGUUUGUUGUGUUGUUGUUUUUCUUCUUUUUUUUUUUAGGGGGGGGGCAGGGGAUCACUAUACCAUCGAGAAGUUUUAAAGACUUUUAAAAUGUCACUAACCUUACAGUGUGGAAAUCCAAUUUCCAUAGUAUAGAUUUAGUAACACAAGUAGUCUUACUACUGAAGGGAAUCUGGGGCAAAAUUAUAAUCAGACAAGAGAAAAUUAUAAUCACAGAGAAAAGAGUGACAGUCUUUUUGACACUCAUUUUGUUUUCAGAGAUGAUGCGGAAAAACAGGACGAGGAAAGCGAAGAAGAUCUGAUCCAGAAAGCUGAAGCAGAUUUCUUCGCCGUGAUUGAAGCCGAGAUGAAGAUCCGUGAUACGAAAGAGAAACAACAGAUGGAGUCGUUGAAACAAAUGAACAAAACUUUAACCGGCGAUGGAAAUCAGGUGAACAAUAUGAACGAAGAACUGUUAGAGAAAGAUGAGGUAUUGGUUUUCAGUUCUGUUUCAUGUAGUGUAGGUUAUAGUUCUGCUCCGGAAUCGCAGGGCUGAGAAAAACGUUUCCGAAUCACUAAAACAGUGAUUGUUCGAGUCGGUAGAUGCAAAAAUCGAUAUCACCAUGAUUGAAAACAACAGAGGAAAGGUCGUUUGACCAGCUUGAUAAUUCAUUGCAAAUUUCGGUCAAGAUCUGCCGCUAUUUUGAUUGACUUUCCAUGAUGCCUUCCACGCCUAGUAUUGCGAUCGCAAGUGUUCAUGGUAAUAUCAUAAUGCCAACAUCAUCAUAAUCCCAAGUUGCCAACUAGCGUCAUACUGCCAAAAGUUCAAAACUAACAUCAUAAUGCCAAAACUAACUUCAUAAAAGGAAAACUAACUACAUAAAUGCGAAAACAACAAAAUAAUUGUAAAUCUGUAGCAUUCGAUAAACACAUCAGAGCUAAAAAUCGACUAAAUACCCAUCCCUGGCCAAAAACGUUACAAAAGGAUACCAUGUGUCUCCUGACAAAUCGGAAAAUGAUCAAGAUAGUGACUCUGAUUGAUUUAUAUAUUGUAUUAACAUAUGACUGUUGGCAUUGCUUUUUAUGGUCGUCAAUGUUUGAGUGAGUCAUGCUUUGGAAAUGACACUAAACUUUUAUUACCCAACCCUUGAGUUGUUUUGUUUUUCAUUUACCCAACCUUUUACUCACUCACGAUUUUGUUUACCCAACUUUCUCAUUAACUUUCUAAAGCAGGCAACAGGAAAUUUGUUGGCACUCACUCCUGUUAAUAUUUCAUUGAUAUAGGACGAAGUUGCACAAUCCCCGCGGGUGUGAGAAGUCAAUGUACAGUUCGUAUACGCAACAUACCGGGUCGGUUUUGUACAACACAUGUAAAUAUAAAACGAUUAACAAAUUGCAGCAGUUAUGGCGGAAGGUGAUAUGUAUUUAAUAUAUAUCAGGUUAACUUCUAAUCGGGUUAACUUUUAUUGUAAUUAAAUUGCUUUCAUUAACAUACAUAAUUUGGUUUGCGAAGUUGGCCGGUCAUCUAUAGAGCUUUAGGCGAGCUAGAAAACAAUGUUGAUAUUAUGAUGAAAAAACUUGAUUCUUUCUUGAAUGCAUAUUUUCGUGUUUGUUCACCCUGCAUGUUAUGGAAACCUGUUAUGGAUUCCACCUUGCUGUUUCCUCAAAGACCUCAAAUGGUUCCCUUAUUUGCCCACCCUUGAAAACACAAAUUCCUCUCUUUGAACAUAAACUGUUAUAUAGCCAACAAAUUCACAAAUAUUUGUUUAGUAGGCUCGAUACAUUGUUUUUUUGGUUUUUAACGUCCUCAACCCUUGACAAUUUACUCAAAAGUAAUUCACAAUAUAUAUCCAAUUUUUAGUUAAAUAAUUUAUGAUGAGCUUAGUUUUUAGUUAAAAAAACUAACAGUAUAAUAUCAAUGUUAACUUUUUGUAGAAAAUUACUUGCUAUAUGUUUAAACAAAAUACUUAGUGCACUUCACGUUGGGGUCCCGUUUUGGACCCUGGCGCUUUCCGGUUUGGGCCCCGAGUUCCAUCAGAUGCGGUACUUCCUUCACUACUACUUUCAAUCCUCGAAUGAAGCCUGGCUCUUGAAGCUGCACAAUUAGCAUAAUACAUGGGCGCGGGUAUGAACACUGAUCUUGUACACCGCACAUAAGUAUAACAUGCACGCUAUUGUGUUUGGUAGCGCACUUGGUGGCGCUACUGUAUUGUGACGUUAUUGUGGCGCUAUACGCUGUGACUGCCGUUUUAUGCUAAUGAUAUGCGGCGCGCCUCUGCUCACACUGCAUAUUUAAUGAGCUCAUCUCUGCUCACCCCUAAAAAUCAGGGUUGAACGGUACCUAUAUUACUAUUAUGUUACUUGCCCAUUUUUAAGCAAAGUACAUAGUGCAGUUCACGUUUGGAUGGACUGUGACCAAAUUCCUUAUUUCCUGGGUGACCUCUUUGGGCCCGGAGUCAUCAGAGUAGUACGGUAGUACUGUCUUCAGUACUACUUUCAAUCUUCAAAUGACGUCUGGCUCUGAACGCAACAUGGUGGGCAUAGUAGGCGGGGGCGGGGAUAGAUACGGACCUUGCACACCGCACAUAGGUGUAACACAACUGAUUGGUCAGAAUCUGUAAGUCGUCUGACUUGAAAUUGCUGUCAUCGUACAAUACAUGAUAGAGGGCUGGCUUGCUUGUGCCUUGUGUAACAGCAUGGCUGCAGAGGUACCAAUUGAAUUCAUACGGAUGACAGACCUGUGUAUCAA